GACCUCCAAUUGAACACGCUCUUGAAACGCGUCUGUGAGCAUGCCUCGGGAAAUUGUUACACUACAGCUGGGGCAAUGUGGAAAUCAAAUGGGAGCCGUUUACUGGCAGCGCUUGUGCGCAGAACAUGGAAUUAGCAAGGAAGGCAUUCUCGAGGAAUGGGCCACCGAGGGUGGAGAUCGAAAGGACGUGUUCUUUUAUCAGGCUGACGACGAGCAUUAUAUUCCCCGUGCUAUCCUUGUUGAUCUUGAACCACGAGUGAUCAACAACAUCCUAAGCUCUCCCUGGGCAAAUUUGUAUAACCCUGAGAACAUAUUCAUGUCGAAAGAUGGAGGUGGAGCUGGUAACAACUGGGCUCAUGGUUAUGCAUCUGGUGAGAGGCUCUACGAGGAGGUUAUGGAGAUGGUAGACCGAGAAGCAGAAGGAAGCGAUUCACUGGAGGGUUUUAUGCUUAUGCACUCCAUAGCCGGAGGAACGGGCUCUGGUUUUGGCUCUUUUCUGCUCGAGCGUCUUAAUGAUCGAUUUCCAAAGAAGCUCAUUCAGACAUACUCAGUAUUCCCGAAUGCCCAGGAAGGAGAUGUUGUUGUUCAGCCAUAUAACUCUCUUUUGACUCUCAAAAGAUUGACCAACCAUGCUGACUCUGUGGUUGUCCUUGACAAUGGCGCUCUUGCUCGUAUCUCGGCAGACCGGUUACACGUCCAGACGCCGUCAUUUGAUCAGACUAACCAGCUUGUGUCAACAGUCAUGGCCGCCAGCACCCAAACCCUCCGAUAUCCUGGUUACAUGAACAAUGAUUUGGUUGGCAUCAUUGCCUCCCUUAUUCCAACACCGCGUUGUCAUUUCCUCAUGACAUCAUAUACACCGUUCACGAGCGACCAAAUAGACAAGGCUAAACCUAUACGGAGAACGACCGUCUUGGACGUGAUGCGCCGUCUCCUACAGCCAAAAAACCGUAUGGUCUCAACUACACCCAGUAAAACAGCCUGCUAUAUCUCAAUUUUGAACAUCAUCCAAGGAGACGUUGACCCAACUGAUGUCCAUCAAUCUCUCCUUCGGGUGAGAGAACGACAACUUGCCAACUUCAUACCGUGGGGUCCCGCAUCAAUACAGGUAGCUCUUACUCGUCGUUCACCUUAUAUUGCAACAAACCAUCGGGUCAGCGGACUCAUGCUCGCCAAUCACACUAGCAUUGCUUCUCUUUUCAAGCGAAUGCUUGAUCAAUUCGAUCGUCUUCGCAAACGAAAUGCAUUUUUGGAACAGUACAAGAAAGAAAAGAUGUUCGAGAAUGGAUUGGAGGAAUUUGAUGAUGCACGAGCGACGGCUGAGGAAUUGCUCAAAGAAUACAAAGCUUGCGAAAGUCCAGACUAUAUCACAUAUGCAGGUAUCUCAUACUUUCUUCAUGAGACCAACUAA